AUGCUUGGGCCUGUGUCUGGAUUCGAUUCUGGGUUCGCGACAUGCUCGUGGCCAGUAUGGCGAGUUGACGACUUUACCUUGUGCUUCCAGAGAGAUUAUCUCAAGGUUGUCUUCCCCGCUGUGAUAAUAUCAAUAUCCUUCUUGCACGUCUUACUACAGAACAUCCUACGGACAGUCAGAUGGAGACACCAACGGCCACGCGAUACAUUCCCAUACCGACCUUCCCGCCGAGGAGGAGGAGAUGCGCCGCUGGCGCAAGACCUCGUUGUUAUCGUAGAGGAGCUAACUAUCAUCGGGCUGGUCGCCGUGAACAUCACGGCACUUGUGACUGGCGCCUUUGGGGGCAAGGCCUCUCUGCCCUCCGUGGUUGGUCUCGUCACCUGGGUCUACGUCUUGACCCUCGCCAGCCUUCGAUUGUUCCUCCGAAACACUCAAUGGCGCAUUCCUCAUCUCUGGAAUCACACGGCAGCCAUCUACUCACUUCAGUGGCUGUUCGCCCUGGUUCUAUGCCGUUCUGUCAUCAUCCGACCCAGCUCGAGGCUGACCCAGGUUCUGGUCAUCGUGGAGUUCGCUCUGACCACCCUGCUGUUCACAAUCGCCAUCACCACUAGGAAGGGCAACCGGACCGUGCUUCUAGAGUGGGAGGACGGUAUUCAGCCGUCCAAGGAACCCCUGGCAUCCAUCUUUUCCAGCUUCACGUUCUCAUGGGUCGACGCGAUCACCUGGCAGGGCUACAAGGAGACUAUGGAACUCGCUCAUGUAUGGAACCUCAUGCCCAAAGACAAGGCCGGUGCGGUGCUGGCCCACUACCGUCAGGCCAAGAAGACCAUGGCUCUGUCCUAUCAUCUGCUCGCGUACUUCAAGACGAUGCUGCUCGCACAGGUCUGGUGGGCCAUCCUAUCGGGGAUUUUCACAUUCAUGCCGACCAUGCUUCUCAAGGCCAUCCUAGAGUACAUCGAGCAUCCCGGUCAGGCCCCUCUUAACGUCUUGUGGCUGUAUGUCAUUCUGCUGCCGGUAACGGACCUCGUCAGAACGGUUGCAGACAACCGUGCAUUGUGGAUCGGUCGCAAGAUUUGCAUCAACGUCCGAGCUAUUCUGAUCGGCGAUAUUUACGCCAAGGCCCUGAGGCGGAAAGCUGCAGCUGGCAAUGACGCUGUCCUCGGGAAGAUCAAGACGGAUGGUGCGACAGAGACCGGUUGGAUGGCCAAGCUCAAGAAGAAGCUGGGACUCGGCAAAGAUGGCAACAAGCAGCAGAAUGGCAGUGCCACGGCGUCAACUGACGGACCUGAUGCCGACAAGAAGGAUGCGAGCGAUGAGCAGGCCAAUCUCGGCACUAUCAUCAACCUUAUGUCCGUCGACAGCUUCAAGGUGUCCGAGGUGACCGCGUACCUGCACUUCUUGGUCGCGCAUGCGCCGACGCAGCUGAUUGUCUCCGUUUUCCUCCUCUACCAGGUCCUGGGUUUGAGCGCGAUCCCGGGCUUCAUCGUUAUGGCAAUGCUGCUGCCGGUCAACAUCUACUUCGGAAAGGCGUUCAACAGCAGCCAGAAAAAGAUCAUGGCCGCUACUGACAAGCGAAUUCACACGACGAACGAGGUGCUUCAAAAUAUAAGGAUCAUCAAGUAUUUUGCUUGGGAAUACCGCUUCGCCGAGAUCGUCGAUGAGAAGCGUAAGGCAGAGCUCAAGGCCUUGCGGAAGCGGUACAUGAUCUGGGCAGCUGCUGUUGCUGUGUGGAACACGGUUCCUAUACUAAUCACGUUCUUCUCUUUCCUGUCUUACACACUCAUUGAGAAGAAGCCUCUGUAUCCCUCGGUCGCAUUCACGGCCAUCUCGCUGUUUAUGCUGCUACGUUUCCCACUCGACCAGAUCGGCGACAUGAUCGCCCAUGUACAAGAGUCCAAGGUCUCUAUCGACCGUAUCGAGGAGUUCUUGAACGAGGAGGAGACGACAAAAUUUGACCAGCUUGGCGAGGACAACAUCGACGAGAACGGCAACCGCGUCAUUGGGUUCAGAGACGCGACUUUCAUCUGGGGGGGCAGCAAUGCUGUCGCCGAGGAUGGCUCCAUGGCCUUCCGCUUGCUGGACUUGAACAUCGACUUCAAGCUUGGCAAGCUGAAUGUCAUCACCGGCCCUACUGGCUCAGGGAAGACAUCACUGCUGAUGGCUCUACUUGGUGAGAUGACCUUGAUGGGCGGAAAGGUGUAUCUGCCAGGUGGUCGCAGCCGCGAGGAUGUCCCUGUCGACCCCGAGACGGACCUAGCCGAGACAUGCGCCUAUGUUGCUCAGAGUGCCUGGCUCGUCAACGCGAACAUCAAGGAGAACAUCAUCUUCUCGGCACCGUUCGACGAGAAGCGGUAUAGAGAGGUUAUCGUCGCCUGCGCUCUCGAGCGAGACCUAGAGAUCCUCGACAACGGUGAUGAUACCCUGGUCGGCGAGAAGGGCAUCACCCUUUCUGGCGGCCAGAAGCAGCGUAUCUCCCUGGCGCGAGCCGUUUACUCGAACUCGAAGCAUCUGCUCCUUGAUGACUGUCUCAGCGCUGUCGAUUCUCACACUGCCCAAUGGAUUUUCAACAACUGCCUCAAGGGCCCUCUGAUGAGCGGACGGACCUGCCUCUUGGUGACUCACAACAUCCCGCUGACUGUUCCGCAUGCGGGCUACGUCGUUGUCAUGGAAAACGGCCGAGUGUCUAUUCAGGGUGCCGCCAGUGAGGUGAUAGACUCGGGCAAGUUGGGCGAAGAGGUCCAGAAGGCCAAGCCCGGCACAGCCUCUGCUUCGAUAUCGCGGGUUCCCUCUCGUGUGCCGUCUAGUGUUGGCGAGGAGAGUGGAAACACAUUGAUCGAUGCUGCUGGAGACGGCGACAACCUCUCUAAGCCCAAGUCCGGUGGCAAGAAGGGCGAAAAAAAGGAGGCAAUGGACGAGUCAAAGGCUGUCGGUGCAGUCCAGUGGCCGGUGCUGAAGCUCUAUCUGGCUUCAAUGGGUGGUUGGUGGUUCUGGAUCAUUGCUAGCGUUGUCUUCAUAUCGCAGCAGGUCACCGGUGUUGCCUCUAACCUGUGGAUCAAGCACUGGGCAAAUCAGUAUCCCCAGACCGAGGACGUGUCCAGGAUCCAGUUCAGCACGAGCUCCCAGAACUACCAGACAGGCUCCGUCUCGCCAACCUACUUCGCCUCCAUUGCGACCUAUGUCAAACCAGAGUCAUGGCUCCAGAGCAACGUCACUGGUGCAGCAGCAUUGUCCGUCGCGGACAACUCGGGUGUCAACGUCGGUUACUACCUCUCCGUUCUUGCCAUUAUCGGGCUGAUAGGUGCAGCCGCGGCUCUGUUCAGGGAUCUCUGGAUCUUCCUUGGUUCCUUAACGGCAUCAUGGAGGCUUCAUACUCGUCUAAUGACAGCCGUCACCAAGGCCAAAUUUAAGUUCUUCGAUGUCACUCCUCUCGGACAGAUCAUGAAUCGUUUCAGCAAAGACCUCGAGGGUGUUGAUCAAGAGGUCGCGCCCGUCGCCAUCGGAGUUAUGACCUGUGCACUGGGCAUCAUCGUUACCAUUGUCCUGAUCGCAACUGUCACCCCUGGGUUCCUCAUAGCCGGCUUCUUCAUCACUGUCUCGUACAUCUUCCUCGGCAAGUUCUAUCUUGCCUCGUCUCGAGAUCUCAAGCGUCUUGAAUCUGUGCAGCGCAGCCCACUCUUCCAACAAUUCGGAGAGACCUUGAGCGGUGUGACUACCAUCCGGGCCUACGGCGAUGAACGUCGCUUUGUCCGCGAGAACUUGAACAAGAUCAAUGCGCAACUGCGUCCGUUCAUCUACCUGUGGGCUGCUAAUAGAUGGCUCGCAUUCAGGACUGACCUCCUGGGAGAUCUGGUCGCCUUCUUCGCUGGUAUGUUCGUCAUUCUGAGUCUUGGUACGAUUGAUCCUGGCUCCGCUGGUAUCUCGCUGUCAUACGCUAUUGGAUUCGCCGAGAACAUGCUCUGGCUGGUCCGUCUGUACGCGAUGAACGAGCAGAAUAUGAACUCGGUUGAGCGUAUCAAGGAGUAUAUGGAUGUCGAACAGGAGGCUCUGUCGAUUGUGGAGGAGAACCGUCCACCUCAAAACUGGCCUAGCAAAGGCUCGGUGGAGUUCAUCAACUACACAACGCGGUACCGAGCAGAUCUUGAUCCCGUCUUGAGGAACCUUACCUUCAAGAUUGGUGCUAUGGAGAAGGUGGGUAUCGUCGGCCGAACCGGUGCUGGAAAGUCGUCGCUGGCUCUUGCGCUCUUCCGUGCUCUCGAGGCCGAGGAGGGUAAGAUUCUCAUUGAUGAUAUCGACAUUGGCCUCAUCGGCCUCCGUGACCUGCGUGAGAGACUCACCAUCGUCCCUCAAGACCCGACCCUUUUCAUGGGCACCAUCAAGAGCAAUCUGGACCCUUUCGACAUGUACAACGACGAGCAGAUCUUUGCUGCCCUGCGCCGUGUGCAACUCAUCGGACCGAACGAGACAACCCCGACGUCUACACGUCCCUCGUCAUCGCUCGCUGACGCUCCCGGAGCAACCACAGCUGCCGAGAGCAUCACAUCCUCAGCCUCAUCUACCCGUGUCGCCACAAACAAGAACAUCUUCCUGGACCUCUCGUCGCCUGUCACCGAGUCCGGCAACAACCUCUCUCAGGGCCAGCGUCAACUUCUCUGUCUCGCGCGCGCGAUGCUCAAGAGCCCGAGAGUCCUGCUCAUGGACGAGGCGACCGCAUCCAUCGACUAUGCCACGGACUCCAAGAUCCAGGAGACGCUGCGCGAGCUGGAGAGCAGCACAAUCAUCACGAUUGCCCAUCGACUCCAGACCAUUGUGGACUACGACAAGGUCCUGGUGCUGGACAAGGGCAGUGUGUUGGAAUUUGGACAUCCAUGGGAGCUCAUGAAGAAGGAGAGCGGGCAAUUCAAGGACAUGUGCGAGAUGAGCGGCGACUGGGACGUGCUGGAGAAGCAGGCUAAGAAGGCUUGGAAGGGGAAGCACGAGCUUGCUGCCCAACAAGAAGGGAGGGGCGUUGAUGCGUAGUGAGGGACCCAAGGGUGCAGCACGGCAGUGCUCUUGUAUAUUAACAUUUAAAAGCCCUUUCCUCCUGGUGUAUAUUGCGGCAAAUUGGUUCAUUGGGCCGGCGUUAGUUCAGCUGUAGGGCAUAGAAAAGCAUUAUUUUUUUACCCCC